AUGUUGGUGACAGUCUUUGGUAAUCAAGUAGUUGGAAACACAGGACAAAGUCCAAUGUUACAAUGUCAGCCUUGGCCUGAAAAACAGAAUUUGCACUUGUCCUUAAACAUGCUUAACUUUAAACCACUUGAAAUGAUGCAGAAGCGAUUUUUUUCUGAGCCCGUGUCAUGUGAGGAGAAGCACCCUUCUAGAGAAAGAACCACUCGGCCCAGCCCUCGGAAGGGACCCAGUGCCGCGGAGACACGGACGCCUUUUUCCCCGUGGUCUGGGCGCUCAGUUUUCAUCACAGCCAGGCUCUGA